GCGUGUCUUCUGAUGCACAUCCUCACCUCGCCCAAUAAGCGUGGCCUGAGCGUCUAUACCCCCCCAAUAAGGGCCCAGGGGUGGGGCCUUCAUAGACGCAGGAAAUGGCGGCGCCCGAGGAGCCUCUGCCCGCCCGCCGUCGUCAUGCCGACCCUGUUGCUCCGGCUGCCCCUGCGUCUAUGCCGGCUGUGGCCGUGUAGCCCUCCCAUCCGACUUCUCACAGCCGCCACAGGGCAGCGGUCUGUCCCUACUAAUUACUAUGAACUGUUGGGAGUGCAUCCUGGUGCCAGUGCUGAAGAGAUUAAACGGGCUUUCUUCACCAAGUCAAAAGAGCUACACCCUGACCGAGAUCCUGGGAACCCAGCCCUGCAUAGCCGCUUUGUGAAGCUGAACGAGGCGUAUCGAGUGCUCAGCCGCGAGGAAAGUCGCCGUAACUAUGACCACCAGCUGCAUUCAGCCAGUCCUCCAAAGUGUUCAAGGAGCACAGCCGAGCCUAAGUCUACGCAACAUUCACACAGCAGCUCCUGGGAGUCCCCCAACGCUCAGUACUGGGCCCAGUUUCACAGUGUGAGGCCACAGGGGCCCAAGUCAAGGGAGCAGCAGCACAGACACAACCAGCGGGUACUGGGGUACUGCCUCCUGCUCAUGGCCGCAGGCAUGGGCCUGCACUAUGUCGCCUUCAGAAAGCUGGAGCAGGUGCAUCGCAGCUUCAUGGACGAAAAGGAUCGGAUCAUCACAGCCAUCUACAAUGACACUAGGGCCAGGGCCAGGGCCAACAGAGCCAGGAUUCAGCAGGAGCGCCAGCAGAGGCAUCAGCCUCAGACAGAACCCUCCCUGCCUCCAGAAAGCCCCAGGAUCAUGCCCCAGGACUCAAGCCCGUGAGAGGCUUACCUAGGUCGGACCUGCACUGGUCCUCUCCUUGCUGCCUGUCCAGGACUACACGUGCAAUAAACUCAUUUUCAGACUCC